AUGGCUGAUCCACUCUCGAUCGCAGCUGGGAUCAUCAGGUUCCUCUCAUCUGGGAUUCAAGUCACGCAAAGUUUGGUUGAUUUUUAUUCUGUUUACAAAGACCGGGACACCAAUCUUGCAAAAAUCACGCAAAAUAUUGAAAAUCUUCAAAAUACUUUUCGAGCCCUGGAAAUUGCAGUCCAGCAUCACCAAUCUCAGGCCAACGCGGAAGAGCUACUCCAAGAAGUCGGCAAGGCCACACAAAAAUGCCAGAAAAUCCUCAUGGAGCUCCAGAUGGAGUGCCAGAAGCUCCACACAGACUCGGUCGCCGAUGUGAUAGGUAGUCACCGAGUUGCAGGACAUCGCGCCGCCUAUCCGUUCCGGAAGAGCACCAUACAGAAGAUCGAAGAGGAUAUUGGCGAGACACGUGAAGCCUUGUCGUUCGCACUGGACGUCUUACAGCUCAAAAGCCACAGUCGUAUUGAAGAUGAAAGCUCAAGUGCUUGCGAACACAUCUACCGUGCUGGUGACUGUCAGAGCGAUAUGUCAGACGCGCCAUCUAUUUUUUCUUUGCCGAGCAGGCAAUCAACCUCUCUUACCACAAACACUCAUCUCACCGCCGAAGAGAUGCAUUCAGCAAUAGACGAGCUUGUCGGCAUAUUCCUGGAAGACAAGGAAUUAGCAAUUCUCUACAGAGAAGCCAUCCUCGAAAGGCGUAUUGCCCGGUCACGCUUCGUCCGCAAUUUCAGAAGACUUCUCAAGCGUUUUGCAGCGGGCUUAAAAGAGGAAGCCGGGGAAGCAAUUGAUCUUGACCUCGCGAAUCUCAUCUCGUCGAAAGCUGGCCUUGUUGCUGAUAAAGUAGGAAGUAAAAUUGAGCAGCAGUAUUCUCAACCAGACACCAUAGCCGCCCGAGAAAAAGUUGAAUACGAAGCACAAGAUGCGAGUAGUGCCGACGAGGAUGGGGAUGGACAGGAGCGAGCACUUGAUGAAAAGUUCCCCGCACUGGUGUCCCACGGCCGCAGUUUUAUCAAAGAGAGCAUCGCCUUCCAAAAGCUUCAGGAGGAGUUCAAAAGUUUCAUCAUGCCGCCUAGGCUGAAUGAAGGGCCUAAUAACGAGCCUUUUGUCGAUGUUGAGUCGUGGUUUAAGAGAUGGAUUCGUGCUAUAUCUCCCAGGUCUCAGGCCUUAGACCCCAAGUACGAGGCGCCAGGGUUGGCGAAAAGAGUACAGGAUCUUAAGGAGCUCCUCGCUGAGAUUGGAUUGGUGGAGAAGGGUAUACCAAAGAAUCAUCAGCGAUUUAGGUGGACAAAUCGACAUGGCAAAAAGCUCUAUGACGACUAUAUCGUGCAUGAACCAGGUGCAAUCCAGGCUCUGCAGGAAUAUCUAGAUGCAACAACCGUUCCACCCGGUCCAACAAAUGCAAGUCCCAUCAGCAGUCAAGCACAGGCUUCCUCUCGCGCUGCAAACAUUUCUGGUACGGUGGUCACGGACUUAUCGACGUCCGUUGUCACCCCGAGCCCUGCGAGCCCGGUAAACCCUGUGCCUGCAUCCCACCGGCCCACCUUGUUGCGCCGCAGGGCAAAGACUACGCGUGCCAGCCGAUCCCCUCCCAGCGGUCACCACCUUGGGGUCCUAAAAUAUUGA